AUGGCAGUUCGUUUCAUUGAUGAAAGAGCAGAGUUCCUCAAUGUGGCAGACAUCAGCCAGACAUCCAAGGGCGGAAUGUUGGUGGACGCAACGUGUAACGCUGUACUGGCUGACUUGUGGAAAAUGGGUACAGCGUUGAAUAAAUUACUGCUAGGAAAUAUAUUUUGGCUAUUUCUUGAAGAAGCAAAUGGAACCGAUCCAGUUACAAUCUCGGAUGGUGGUAAGGGAACUCUGCAAACGCUGUACAACGAGCGACUUCGCAAACUGCAGGCGCUACCGUACACAAACAUUGUAAUAGGAUCACGUAACGAAGGAGGUUGCUGGCAACUGUUCGAAGCGUUUAGGUUCCCUUCACAAUCCUUCUUAGUCAUGGAAGAAAUCGCCGUCAUCCUCCAGCCUGCGGAAAACGUCGAAGAAACUUUAAGGGCUGGUUUGGAACAUUUGAGGAAACAGAAUCACCGGCGACGCAACAUGAACGGAUUUCGAAUGUCAUGUGCCGGUGCAGUAACUGCCCCAGAAUACUAUAAGGGGCCAGACGAUACGACAGACACCAUUCACGAUGUGUAUAUGAGGUCCAAUUUCCCUAUCAUUAAAGGGUUGAUGCAGGAUAUGAACUUUACUAUUAACAUGAUUCAAGUAGAUUCGGGUGGCUGGAAGAAGAAUGGCACUUUCACCACUGGCCUUUUCGGCAAGUUCCAGAACCGUUCGAUUGAGAUAGGUUGCACGGGGGCUCUGAUGCGCACCGAACGCCUGGAGGUGGUAGACUUCCUGGCCGGUACCCUUUGGAUUAAAAGCAACAUUGUA